AUGUCGCGCAACGUUGGAGCAAAGAGCAAAUGGCUCCUGGUGUGUAUGUUGCUUCUCGGAGCUCUGUUCGCGUACUGGAGAAGGCGCGGUCGGAAGUAUCCUCCAGGUCCGUCCGGUCUGCCCCUCAUCGGCAAUUUGCUUUCUGUAAAGCGCAGCUUUUACUUUCAUGACUGCAUCAGCUGGGCGAAAAAAUACGGCCCUGUACUGUGGAUAAAAUUGGCCUUCACAAACGUUGUGGUUCUCGUCGAUGAGACUUCGAUACAAAAGUAUCUCUGCAAGAGAGAAAUGCUGAAUCGUCCCUCUCAGUGGACAGUGCAAAACAAGAGCAAAGGGAUCGUAGCUUUGAGCGGCCAGGAGUGGAAGGAAAACAGGCGCCUCUGUAUGCAGAUCAUCGCCGACCUGGGAUACGGAAAAGAGCCAAUGCACACCCUCAUUCAGGAGGAAGCGCGGCACCUGGUGGCAAAGAUCGCAGACGCAGGAGGCAAGCCAGUGCCAUCGCGGCCGUACUUGGCUGCCAGCGUUCUGAACAACAUUAACUUCUACCUGUUUGGCAGACGCCACGACCUGGACGACCCUAAACGGCGCCGGUUGGACGCUCUCGUUGCCGCCUUUUUCCAAUCUGGACUCGACUUCUCCAUCGAAUGGCUGCCUGGCUGGCUGAGACGAGCGUCACAGCGUGUCCUCCCGAGGACGCGCUGCUCAGCCGUCACUAGGCUGGCCGAGGACAUCACCGACUACAUGAGCACGGCCGUGCAAGACCCAAAGCACCUGAAGCCGUUCAAGCUGCUCGACGCUAUGCUGCCAACUGUCACCGAAGAAGACAAUCUCGACGUUGCUGCUUAUCUGCGACGCACUCAAGAAGCUCAGCAGCUCGCCCGCUUACGUAUCAAGAGCGAGAACAGGAUCGACAGUCGUCACUACAAUCUUUGA